CCAUUAUCGCAACGCUGUAAUGAGUCUGACAUUCACUCAAGUUUUCUGUUGUGUUGUUGUAACUUUUCGUCAUUUACGUGUGCACUUUUCUUCGUUGGCCCUGCGAGAUGCCUUGGCCUGUGCCCAAUCAACCCCGACGGUCUUCGGAGAGCCAGCACUGCUCGGGCAGUGACGGUAGUCUGUCGCCUGAACAGAACCAAGAGAGAGACCCAAUACAGCCUGUACAGGAGCGCCCGGAGCCAGCAAGCGCCAACGACAAUGGGGAACUGGCGUUUUGCGCGGCGGUGGGACGUCCGGACACGGAGACCGUCCCUGGCGUCAGCGUGCCCAACGAGCUGAUGACACGGGUUUCCGACAGCGACACGCACGUGCUGAUCAGGGCCACCAUCGAAUCCAUGAUCGAUCCUCUUCGCUGUCCGUUCGGGUUUGAAAAAGGCGCCGUGAAAGCCUGCGUUACUUUCUACGCCGGCAUGCCUGUGGGGCUGAAGGCGCACUUGGAGCGCGUCCACGGAAUGCACAACGUGCAGCUGAACCUGGCCUGUCCCUGUCCAGCUAAAUUCAACGGCGGUGUCCACUGUGAUUACGUGCAGUUCGACCCGGUCGGCUACUUUUUGCCUAGCCACAUCCGAGAACGCCAUCCGCAGUACAAGGAGCGUAUGGUAGACGCGCUGUGCAAACAGCAGAAUAAGAAAACCGGCGAAUAUGGUGUCUUGUUGCGGCCGCUUUCUUCUUAUUCAUAA